UCUGUGUAACUUUACAAACUGAACUCUACACACCAAUUUGUGAACUUUUUUUUUUCCACAGAAAUCCUGGUUUAUUUCACCACAGAUGGUCAUUUCCUUACAAAUUACAGGUUGUGUGGUUUUUUUUUUUCACCCUGCUUGCAAUAAACGUUGUUCCUCUUUUUAUCGGCUAAAAUAAAAUGAAAUCCCUAAACUGGAAAGCCGGAGUGCCGCGGUGUGGAGAAGGUUAUGAAGUGUUCAUUUAUUAUCAUCAUUAAACCUCCGGUCGGGCUCUAAACAACAUGUCGGCUCCUCUCGGUUUGCGCAUAAAACAAGACUGAUUAGAUCAGAUCCACUGAUGUGGUACUUAACAAAUUAGGCCAAGUGAUUCCGCCACACUCCAGGCCGGCCAUUACGAGCCGGUUGCCAUGGACACGCCUCCUGUUAUUGUGUGCCGCCGUGUGCGUGCGCGAGCCAUCUGCCGGUACUUUAAUAGGGGUCAAGAUGCGCCGCUAGCUGGAGAGAGGAGUGUCGCUAAUGGGACUGACUCCUCUGCACUCGGCUAAAUAACUCAAAUUACUGCAGUGCAUUUUUGGCUGUGUAGCAUCACAGAGGCAGCAGCUCUUAUCCAACCUGCCCAGGCGGUUUGUCUUCCAAGCAGAAGUUGCUCUUUGGGUCCCAAUAGGUGUGUCCUGCUUUCUUGAACAAGACCCAAGUCCGUAAUAGCUUUUCCAAGCGACUGUGCCAGUAAUGGAAACAAAACGCUGAUUCUUAAGAAAUGAAAAUCAAUAGUUUAUUGGCACAUUUGCAUGUGAUAAUAAAGCUUAGCAUUGAAUAGAAACAUGAAUUCAAGGUGAUGUAAAACAUCAGCAGCAUCAUGAGGAGAAUUCACAGCUGUGACGGAUGUUAUUUUCUGAUUUCAGGUUUGAGUUUCUGCUGAACUUAAACACAAAGAAACAUCAAUAAAACAGACACGAUGUGGUCACUCGUGCCAUGUUUGCACCAAUACGCUGCUAUUGAUCCGCAGGGCGCCUGCGUCUCAACAUGGCUGCGAUCUAUCGGAUAUGGAAACUUUAUCUCAUCUUCAAUGAGCUCCUGCUGCUGCUAAUGUCACAUUAAGAUGCCCAAACUCUCCCUCGGUACAGAAGGAAAUGAUCAUAAGAUAGGAUUAGAUUUAGAUCCACACGUCCAAGUGAAGCUAAAUAAUACUUUUUUGAUACCAAAUGGAAAUUAAACAAAUCUGUAAUGGGAGUGGACGAUAUGGAAUUAAAGUUUUAUUAUAUUUUAAUUCCCGCAAAUCUGAACCGGAAGUGAUCCGCACCAUUUAAUCAAAGCAUAGGUAAACAAUGGCUUCAAGACCAGCAAAAAGAAAGUAUACUGACACUCUUGACCAACGUGCAACAGAUAUAUUUAUCAACAAAAUGGCUGCUGUUGGGAUUGACCCAUAUGAGAGAGAUAAGAGUGAAAGAAGAGCAACAAGAUGGAGGAGCCUGAAAUCCACAUACGCAUACUAUCAACGCUUCAACAGAUUCAUGAAGGAUGGACGAACUCCCCGUGUGAAUAACGAGGUUCUGGUGACUGGAAGAACAGAAACUCGUAGGCUACCUGUCCGUCUUUGCUAACUAGCAAAAUUAGCUUAGCUUAGCAGUAAUUAUUACCGGUAAUUAUAGUAUUACAUGGGGGAGGGUAGCGCACUCAAUAAAGAAUUACAUUUACAUAACGCAUACCCUGUGUCCAUACAUACGUUCACAUACCUGCACACACAUACACCCAACUACAAUUAUACAGUUCAGUUAAAUGUAACUCAAAUUAAUUUAAAUUCUUCAAAGAGUUAUUGUAGCUGGUGAUAGCAGUUGGCAGGACAGGCUCUCCUGUAGUGGUGUGUGUUACAGUGAAUCUGAAGCAGCCUCUGACUGAAGACACUGUUUUCCCAAGACGUUCUGAAGAAGACGACAGUCAGAGUUGGAAUUAUUUGGAAUUCAUCAUAAUAGAAGUGGAGCCUCCGAUACAACCAGCAAAAACCCAGCAAGUGGUUUCUGGAUGGCAGCAGCAGCCAGUCUGCGGGACACCGAGGACUUCACCCAGCUUCCCCCCGGAGCGGAGGACGCACUCCGGCCGUUUUAUCGCGACGACCUCCGCUCUGACUUGAUUUUUUUCUUCUUCUUCUUCCCGGUUGAAGCAAAGUUUUGGAAUUCGUGUCUUCAUCGGGAAACUUUCACCUAUGGUUCGUGAAUAUGGAGCCAAGUUGUGGUUUCUCUCCGGGAAACGUCGCUGCGCUGCAGCUGCUGCUGCUGCUGUUCGGAGGAGUGGCGGGGUUGUACUUCCCUCAGAGGGAAUACACUGAGACGGUGUACGUUGGACAGGAAGCGGGGACGCCCGUCCUUCAGGUCCACGCCAUGCUGGACGGCCGGUCCGAGCGGCCGCAUUUCUACCUGUGUGGCAGCCGGCGGCCGCCGUACGCGCUCUGGUUCCAGAUGGACGUCCAGACCGGAGAGCUGUCCCUCAGCAAGACGCUGGAGGAGACGGACUUCGCCUCGCUGUAUCAGAACUCCUGGCCCGCCAAGCGGCUCACUCUCCAAGUCAUGGCUCUGAAUAGCGUCAGCAAGCGCGCGCCGUGCUCCAGGAACUCAGCUCACAUCACGCUGGACUUUGUCAACGGCUCGAUGCCGCGCUGCGCCCAGACGGACAUGAAGGAACUCUGCUUCCCGCACAGAGACACGUCCAACCCGCACAUCAUAGAGAACAGGUUCCCUGGGGUUCUCCGCCAACUCCGGCGGCUCACCAGACUCGCCGUCUGCCCCAACUACACCAUCACCUACGGCGUGGAGUCAGAGACUCCUGCUCCGUUCGCCGUGAACGGAAACACCUCCGAGCUGGUGGUGACCGCCCCGCUGGACCGGGAGGAGAGCGAAAACUACAGACUGCUGCUGGUUUGCACCGUACAAACGGAGAGCGUCGUCACCAAGGUGGAAACUCCGCUGGACGUCUUCGUGGACGACGAGGACGACAACGCGCCGUACGUCAACGGGACGGACACGGCGGAGGUCGUGAUCAGUUUUAACCGGACGAAGGGCGCAGCUUUUGGCACCUUGUUUGUCUUUGACAGGGACUUAACCACCUUGUUUCCUAAAGACCUGAGCCAAAACAGGUAUGUGGGGACUUUGCUGAGCAGUGAGUCCUGGAUUAAAGACACGUUUGACAUAAAGGCCACCUUCAGUGAACGCAGAGCGUCUCCUGGUGGCAUUCGAGAAUCAGUUUACGAUUACCAGCUGAUCCUGAAGAGGAACCUGGACAUCACGGAGAACCGGACUGUGUUUCUGGAUUAUCUGGUGAAUGACACCACCUAUCCGGGUCUGGAGGGAACGGUGCUGCUGCACUUCAACGUCACCAUCUUACCGGUUCAGAUCCGCUUCGCCAACAUCACACACGUCUUCACGCUGCCACGAAAAGCUUCAGUAUACGCACAGGUUGGAAGGAUCUGUGUGGAAAACUGCCUGGAGUUCGACGGCUUCAGCGUCUCGUACCAGCUGGAGGUUCCGGAUAAAAACAUGUCUUCUGAGCUGCUGUCGUGUUUUUCCGCUAUAAGCAUCACCCAGGCUCCAGACAGGAUGCUGGGACUGUUAUAUGUUAACAACUCCGGCGCGCUGAGCAGGCCGGGCUGCCAGGACCUGGACUACACGGUGGUAGCUCAGGAGGAACACAGUCAGCUGGUCGCCAGCACUCAGAUCCGCAUUUUACUGCACGGUGAAGCAGCAAAUGUCAGUCAGGAGAGCCAGCAGCUGCUGUCCUGCGCAGAGAACCGACAGAGAGACGACUGUGAGGCGUCUCAAGGCCUGGGAGCAACGACUGGGGCGUGUCAGUGGAGGCAAGGCUCUGAGAAAGGAAUAUCUGAAAACUAUUCGACCUGCUCCCCUGACCUGCGAACAUGUCCCGAUAGCGUUUGCGAUGCGGUGGAAAGCAGAGACACGUCGAUUUGUCCGCAGGACUGUACGACGGAAAGUGUAACCGGAGGCCACGAACGAGGCCUGAGUGGGAGCGGCAUCAGAGCCGGCUAUGGGACCUGCUACUGCUUCUCUGAGAAAUGUUUCUGCGAGAACGCGGACGCCGAGGCCGUUGUGUCAAAAAACAGGUUCCCAGACGUGAUAUGUGACGACAUGUGUAAAACCAUCGUUGCCACCGCUCUCCUCUGCUGCUUCAUCAUUUCCGUCCUCCUGUCCUCAUACUUUAUCCACCGGUACCACAAGAACUCGCCCAAGGCUCCCAUCGCGUUCGCUGAGAUGACCUUCCGUCGGCCAGCUCAGUCUUACCCCAUCAGCUUCCCCGCCAACAACGUGCGAAGGGGCUCACAGGAAUCCAUAGAGGCAGACGCCUUUAAAAUACCUGAGGAUCCAAAGUGGGAGUUUCCUCGUAAAAACCUGGUCCUGGGGAAGACUUUAGGCGAAGGGGAGUUCGGUAAAGUCGUCAAGGCAACGGCGUUCAGACUGAAAGGAAAGGCCGGUUACACCACUGUGGCUGUGAAAAUGCUUAAAGAAAACGCUUCGCACACCGAGCUGCGUGACCUCCUGUCCGAGUUCACCCUCCUGAAGCAGGUCAACCACCCACACGUCAUAAAGAUGUACGGCGCGUGCAGCCAGGACGGGCCGUUGUACCUCAUCGUUGAGUACGCCAAAUUUGGGUCGCUCCGUAAUUUCCUGCGUGAGAGCAGGAAAGUUGGCCCCAGCUACAUGGGCAGGGAUGCAAACCGAAACUCCAGCUACCUGGAGAACCCCGACGACAGGGCGCUGACCAUGGGAGACCUCAUCUCCUUCGCCUGGCAGAUUUCCAGAGGCAUGCAGUACCUGGCAGAAAUGAAGCUCGUUCACAGGGACCUCGCUGCGCGAAACGUCCUGGUCGCCGAGGGACGCAAGAUGAAGAUCUCCGACUUUGGUCUGUCCAGGGACGUUUAUGAGGAGGAUUCGUACGUUAAGAGGAGCAAGGGCCGAAUUCCUGUGAAGUGGAUGGCGAUAGAGUCUCUGUUCGAUCACAUUUACACAACGCAAAGCGACGUCUGGUCCUUCGGAGUGCUGCUGUGGGAGAUAGUGACCCUGGGGGGAAACCCGUACCCAGGAAUCGCUCCUGAACGCCUCUUCAACCUCCUCAAGACCGGCUACCGGAUGGAGAGACCAGAGAACUGCUCUGAGGAAAUGUAUAACCUCAUGCUGCGGUGCUGGAAGCAGGAGCCGGACAAGAGGCCGACAUUCUCAGAUAUCAGCAAAGAGCUGGAGAAGAUGAUGGUGAAGAGUCGGGACUACCUGGACCUGGCGGCGUCCACGCCGGCCGACGCCCUGCUGUACGACGACGCCCUCUCCGAAGAGGACACCCCACUAGUGGACUGUAAUAACGCCCCUCUCCCUCGAACCCUCCCCUCCACAUGGAUUGAAAACAAGCUCUAUGGCAUGUCAUACCCCAGCUGGCCCGAGACGAGCCCGGUACCGCUCAACAGACACGAUGCCACUAAUCCGGUCUUUACAAGAUAUGCCAAUGAUAGUGUUUAUGCAAACUGGAUGGCUUUGCCUUCACCCGCUAAAGCUGUGGACAAGCUCGAUAGCUAAAGGCAACGCUGCACUGUAGAAAACAUGGGUAACUGCUAGAUGUAUAUUUAUUUUUCUGAGUUUGUAUUGACCCUUUGCAACUGCGUCACUUAAUCACUGGAGGUGCCAUGGCGGACAUCGGAAGUGAGGGAUGGGAGUAUACGUAGUUCCCACAAGUCUGAACUGGAAGUAAUCUGCAACAUCUUGGUAGGCAAUCACAUUUAGUUUGAGACUAUCGAAAAGAAAAUAUGUGGAAACUCUUGACCAUUGUGCGAGAGAAAGAUACAUGAACAAAAUGGCUACUGCCGGGAUUGACCCGUAUGAGACGGAAAAGAAAAAUAUUUCAGACGAUGUGGACAAGCUGCCUCUGAUCUCAUACUUAUUAUUAACAUGGAGUAAAUGUUCCAAAAGAUUUGUGAAAACGAACGAACUCUUCAGGUUCUGGUGACUGUAAGAGUAAGUACAUAUAGUAACACACACAUAGGCUACAUGUCUGUUUUAGCUUUAGAUAAAAGCUACAUUAUAUAAGCUAAUUUUGCUUGUUCGGCAAUAAGUACUACAGUAAAUCUCACUGAUAUGUAUCUUAGUAUUACACAGAGGUGGGUAGUGUGCUCAAAAAUAAUAAUCGAGUAAAGCUGUAAUGUACUUUUAUUGUUUAUAAGCUAGCUAGAGGAGGCGAGAGCUAGUUCUAAGCUUAUGGCUUGUUUACUGUUGUCAUAGCAACUGCCUACCAAGAUGGCACAAACUUUACAUAAGUGUGACGUCACAUGUGAAAUGUGUAUUGAACAGAGCGACUUAAGUUGUUUUCCCAAGUUUUGUUGCCAGUUUAUUCACGGCUGUUUCUUGUUCAAGUCGAGCUAAUUUGUCUGUGAAUGUAACACACCAUAUACAGCGGUAUUUACAAAUGUUGGAAAUAGCUAAUUUAGAAACCAAUGUUUCCUUCCUCCUGAUAAAAUUACCAAUUUACCCUGAAUUCACGCCACAUAAUUUAUAUCAUAAACAGCGUUUCCUCCCUUUAAACCGAAGAAACGAGAUGCUAACCAGUUUUUUUUCCCAUACAUGCUAGGCUACAAGACGGGGGUAUUUUCUCCACGAUUACUAAUGAUUAGACGUGUACCUUCUCUAUAAUCUAAUAUUUUAUUGCAUGAAGUAUGAUUAAGAAAAUCAUACUUCAUUAUAAAGUUUAUGAAAGUUAAUUUUCUUACCUUGUAAGAAAGUGUUCGCUGCAAAUCCGCCAUUACACUGAAGGCUGCCUGUCAUUAUGAUUGACAGCUGAUAUCCAUCGCCGCCGUAUUUUUCAUUAAAAAUUAUACAAUAAAAAAUUACAAGUUUAGUUUCUAUCCUCCUUGUAUGUUUUUAAGGUGAAAUCAAUUAAAUAAGAGCGAUAUUAGGCUUCCUGAUGUCUGUUUUUUGAAGUUGUAUCGACGUCCGUCAUGGCAGAGCGGACUGCGCUCCGAACAUCGUGACGUCACACGCAAGGGGUCAAUACCCGCCAUUUUGUUUGUUUUCAACUGUUUUAUUAUAUUUUUGUCGUUCAGACCAGCCCCACGCUCCUCGUUUUUACCUCACAGGUCAUGCUGACCAAACUGUAUCACUGCAUGACUGUUGUACCAGACUGUACGUCAGUGUCGAUGUCUUUUAAGUGCCUGUGCUGCUUUCUACGACGGCCUCCAGCUGAUUAUGAGGUUCCUGUUUCAGCCCAGGAGAUUAAGAAAAAGAGAAAAAAAAACCCGCUGUUUUCGUAACUGGAUUGUUUUGUCCUGAAACUCUCACACCUGCUUUGUGUUUCAAAGCUUCCAAAGAAAAAUGAAUGCCUGAACUCUUGGUUUUUUCUAACUUUUCUCUUCGGUUUUUACUAAAAAUGACACUAGAGGGAGGGCUGGUCCAAUCAGAGGAGGAGACGAGGUUUAAUGGCGGCUCGGCGCACAUCCUGUGUCUUAUUUCCAUUCUUUGUCAUAAUUAUGUAAAGCAAUGUGUGUUAUUGCUGUUAUGGUAUUUGAUUUUGUUCUGGUUAAUAAAAAAUAACUUCAAAUCA